AAGAAAAGAAAAGAAAAGAAAAGAAAAGAAAAGAAAAGAAAGAAAAGAAGAAAAGAAAAGAAAGAAAAGAAAAAUACUGAGGAAAUAAAGCUGAUCAUGGCAAUCCUGAGUUGCCUUUUGAGUAUGCAUAUGCGUGAGAGGCAGUAGAAAAGGCAUAGAGCGACUGCACCUCCUUAGAACAAGCUGCAGCAAAAACCAGACUGUUACUAUUCUAACUCAUAGUUUCUCAGAACCACCCGCUGCAAUAUCACAGUAUCACCACUGUUCCUUCCCCAUUUGCAUGACAGGGACCCCAGAAACCUUUACCUCCCUCCAUUUACUACACUGCCAUACUGUAAUUGGUAGGAGCAGUCCUCAUCCUCACUGCUUAGACCAGCAACUGCCAAUAUUCUCUCACUGGCCACCUGGCUGCUGCCUCUUUCUUCGAGAUGGUCCAAAAUAGAUGGCUUAGGGGCUGUGACUGUCCUCAGAGGCAUAGACUGUGUUGCAGAGGAGAACAGGAUCUGUUCUUAAGAAGCUUAAACUCCACCAUUUGGGAGCCUCUGUUUCACAUUAGCUGAUUGUGGUGAGUAAUAAUUCCUGAAGUUCCUUCACUGCCUGCUAAUAACACAUACUAACAUCAUGUCAAGGCCAAAGCAAUGGCUUGGUUCCAAAAAACAUAAUACAGCCAGACACUGCAAGAGGAUAUGUGAUUUCUGCUAACACAUCUACCUGAUUAAAGAAGUGCAGAGUGGCAUUGUUUCUUUUUCCUCCUCACAUAUUUCCAUGCAGUACAGCAUGGAUGAAUGGAUUGUCCUUGAGACAAGUGUGCUGCUUAUCUAAAGAGGAACUCGUGGUGUCAGGAGUUCAGGGCACUUGACAUAUCAUAAAAUUAGCCUUCGGCAAACAGAGUUAUGAAAAGCCAUGUUUAAUGCUAGGGUUAUAUUUACAUGUUGAAAGGCAAUUUGUUUCCCUGCUGCAACUAAUUUAAAAAUUCAUCCAUGCCCUUGUGAUGGGUGUUAAGUUAGAUGUGAAUGUUGGUAUGUUUAAAUCAGCAGAUAACACCCACCAAAACUGAUGAUCCCGAGGGCAACUCUUUAGAAAUCAUGUUUCGGAGUCUGUCCAAGUACCUCUAGAAAGACAAAGCUGGGAUCCAUGCAGCCUAAAUACAGCUACACACCCCCCCUUAUCUCCAAGCACGUGCCAUGGGCAUCCUCACUGGUCAGCCUGGUAGUCAACAGCCCCUGGUGCAACAAAAGCUGGAGUAACUCAGUACCAUAUUUUACUCCACGUGCCAUCCUCACUUUUAGCCCAGUUUCUUUUACUGGCAAUCUGGUUUUGCCAAAGGCUGUUUGAAGUUCUUCAGCUCAUUAAUAGUGAAUGCAGGCUGAGAAUCAGGAUCCUCUUGUUUGUAGAUCUGCUAAUGUAAGCUGAGGACGAGAUAGCAAGAGAUGGGCUCAUGCAUGGGAUACUGCUAUGAUAUCACUGCUGCUGGGAGGAAGGAACAGACAAUUCUAUUGCACUUCUGUGUUGGUCACUAAUCAGAGAAGUGAUCAGAUCAUAUAGUUUUUAGUUCACAGGAUGGAAAAUUGAUAUGGCCUAUUUUAAGGAAGGCUUACAUUCUAAUGUCAUUAAACAUAGGGAUGAAAGUAUGGAAGGUAGGGCUAUCAGACACUUAAUUUUGAGAGAGAAUAAAUCAGAAUACUGAAACACUUCAAAUUCUACAAUCUAGCAGAAGUUUAUUGGGAUAAAUUUUGACAUCAGUGGGAGUAAUAAUCAAACUGUGGCCCUUAAAAGCCUUCUAAAUAGAAUCAGAUCUAAGUUUAAACACAUAUUACACAUAAAUACUUCAAUGUUUGCUGAAUUAUAGAUGCUAUUCUUUAUUUCUUAAAAAAUGAAAGUUUGUAAUGAAACACACAAAAAAAUUGCAUAAGGCUGAUGCUGAUAUUGAUACCCCAAGCAAAUUCUAACUUGAGCAACCAUAUAUUUCCUCUCCUUUGGCUUUAGCAGAUCUUUGAAACCUUGUUGUAUUUUUGGAGUGUUGCAUAUUUAUGCUGUCCACUCUAUCCUUGAGAUAAACAGCUAUCUUCUCAUCAUGGUGGAUGAAGUGAUCAGUAGGCACAACAAGUUGCUUCUUCAAAAAAGAAUGAACAGCUGACCUGGUCCAUUAUGAAAACUGUAAAAUCAGUAUCAGCAGCAGCCUGUAUGCAUUGCUUUGCAUUUAGAUGCAUUUCAAAUGGAGACAUGAUGCAGUAACCUCUUUAUACCCAGGGAAGUGAAAUUUAAGAGGAAAGUUUAAAACCCUCCUAAUCCUACAAAAGCAGUCUGGAGAACCAUAGCCUUGACUGAAGUUGCUUAACACCUUCUCGCCCUACGGUCUCCUGCUCUCCCUCCCUCAGCAAAUCAAAAGACAUUAAAGAGUAGAGGAGGAGUUGUUGUUCUCCAAAAUCUAAGAUGGACAAAAUAUAUAUACGUAUUUUAGUCUGAAAUCAGACCAGGGAAAUAUCUUAUACUCUACCUCCUUUAAGCACGAUAAAGGAAUUUUAUUAGAGUUUGGACCUCACACUGCGUUUUUUGCAAACAGAGGGUAUUUUCAGUGUAAGUUUCUACUUGGUUUGGUUUUUGAUUACAUUGAGAAGGGGGAUGGCACACAUAAGGAACACAUAGGGAACACAUAAGGAACAACUCUGGGUUACUGCCUUGACAUCUCCUGUGGUAGGUGUGUGACACCAUUCUGUUCACAUGGCAAUAAUCUCAGGUGUAAAGGACUUCCUUUUGUGAAAUCUACACUACAAUCAAAGGCUAAAAAUAUAUUAAAUCAAAGUAGGAUCAAGCCAUACCCCUUUUCCAAGGUUAUGCUGUUUAUACUUCCAUGUAAGUAAUUCUGUGUGUUAGCAUCUUGGCAGAACUACAGGGCUUUCAAAUGCUGUAUUGUCAUGGAUCAUUGUUAGUCAAGUACUAAAUAAGGUUAUUCUUUAUUUCCAAUUCUGAUUAUACAUCUGAGUGCUGCCUUUCCACUUAUUUAAUUAUUUUGUAUGUGUGUGUCUUCCUUUGUAUUUUUUCCUUAUGUUUUGUUUUAGCUUCUGAGUUUUGAGACCUCCCUAAGUAAUGUAGGCAUUUUAAUCCCACUGUAGUAAUAAUAGCUCUGUGUGUGAUUUAUUAUUGCAUCAAGUUUUCAGUCUGUUUCCAAUUGUCAAAUGUAAAGAAAAAUUGUUUCCAGUAAAACACAUGAACUAACAAUUUGCUGGAUUGGAUGGCUUUGGUAUAUACUGGAUUCAGCUGGCUGUUUUGUUACUGUUGUUUACUUCAUAUUUUCUUAUUGUGUGCAGAAAUGCAUUGCAGCCAGCAGCUUACAUAUGGAUUAAAUAAAUAGGGGAGAAGAUGAUAGCAUCCUGAGAAGUUAGCAGACUUUGAGAAGGGGAUAAUAACACUUUCCACCCACUGGACCUAGGUGGACGACCUUCUACUUGUACUCUCCCGCCUACUGGAGGAUUCCAUCAUUGUUCCUAUUCUGCUGACUGUGACCAACAGCAGUCCCCAGCUUCUCCAGCAGCUCCAGAUAAUUGUUUUGAUGUAUUGCUGGAUGGAUGGGAUUUGCACUGCCCUGCAGUCCUGCUGAUACAAAAAUGCCUUUAAGAUCCUGCCUUUCCCAUCCUAAUCUACAAAGGAAACAGGAAAAAGGAACUUAAACUCCCUGUACUCAGACGGCAGGGAAUGAGACUGUUCCAGCCUGCGCCAGUGCUCUGAUUUCUUGCCUGUGACUUGUAAACAGUGUACCAUGCAGCACAGGAGGAACUGGUAAAGGUCUACCCCGAGGAAAGGAUACUCCAUGAGCGACUGUAAGAACUGGAUGGAUAUAUUUUGGAAAGCAUGGACCCUCUAGCACACCUAGUUCUCUAUGGAUUCAGCCUGUUGAUUUCAGGUAAAGUGGAAGCGGCACUGGACCUCAUACUGAUCAAUUCCUUCCCUCUGGUGGGCAACUCCGAGACAUCACUGAUAUGUAUCAACUCCAAAUGGCGUUCCCGUGAGUCUAUCACAAUCGACCGAGACCAGGAGGAUGUGACAAACCAGCACCGGGAACCGCUGGAAGUUAAUGAAGAUUCAAAGAGAGCAGCAGCCAAAACAGUGGUGUGGAAGAGGGAACAGGCCAGGGAAACUAUUGGAGCGUAUUACUGUGAAGGGAAACUCAAGGAUGAGGUGACAAGGAUACACACCAUGAAGAUGCCCCUGCAAGCCUCAUUCUACCCAGUGGCAUUAACUGUUACAGCAAAUAAAGGAGAGCAUGUGAAUAUUUCCUUCAUCAGAAUGGCAUCAAAAGAGGAAGAUGCAGUGAUCUACAAGAAUGGUUCCUUCAUCCACUCUGUGCCCAGGCAUGAAGUGCCAGGGGAGCUGGAAGUCUCCUAUCCUCAAGUUCAACCACAUGAUGCAGGGGUUUAUUCUGCCAGAUAUAUAGGAGGAAACCUCUUUACUACUGCUUACACAAGGCUUAUUGUAAGACGAUGUGAAGCUCAGAAAUGGGGCCCUUCCUGUAGCUCCCAUUGUCCUUCCUGCACGAACAAUGGCAUUUGUCAUGAAGAUACCGGGGAAUGCAUCUGUCCUCCAGGUUUUAUGGGAAAAACAUGUGAGAAAGCUUGUGGAGCCAACAUGUUUGGCAAAACAUGUGAAGAGAGCUGUAAAGAAAAUUAUGGCUGCAGAAACUAUAUGUUCUGUCUACCGGAUCCAUAUGGUUGUUCUUGUGCCACAGGAUGGAUGGGACUGGAGUGUGACAAAGAAUGCAAACCUGGUUUCUAUGGGUCGGAUUGCAAACUUAAAUGUAAUUGCCACAAUCGAGGGACAUGCGACAGAUUUAAGGGCUGCAUCUGCUCCUUCGGAUGGCAUGGUCUGCAAUGUGAAAAAGAAGGUUCAGCAGAUCUUUCGCCUCAGAUAGAAAACCUGCUAGAUCCCAUAGAACUCAAUUCUGGUGCUGAGUUCAAGCCAUUUUGUAUAGCAACUGGGAAGCCACUUCCUAAAUCUGAAGAAUUCAAACUUUUGAAGCAAGAUGGAACUGUCCUAAGGCCUGCCCGAAUUUCCACCAGUAAUCGCUCUGAAGCCAUGUUUACAAUCAAUCGAGUCCAGCCCCGUGACACAGGAACCUGGGUUUGCAGUGUGCAGACAGUGGCAGGAAUGGCAGAGAAACCAUUUCAAGUUACAGUCAAAGUUCCUCCUGUGCCACAGUACCCCCCAAGACUGACAGACAGUGGACAUAAUUUUCUCAUCAUUAAUAUCAAUGCUGAGUUACAUCUUGGAGAUGGACCUGUUGUGUCAACAAAACUUCUGUACAAGCCAGCAAAACGUUAUCAGUCCUGGAUGUCUGUGGAAGUAAAAGGUGCUACUAAAAGACUGGACAAUCUGGAACCCAAAACGGAAUAUCAGUUCUGUGUUCAGCUGAGUCGACAAGGGGAAGGUGGGGAAGGCCAUCCUGGACCACAGGCUAGCUUCACAACAGCUGCACUUGGUCUUCCUCCACCAGAAGGUCUCACUCUCUUUCCAAAAAGUAUGACAUCCCUGAAUUUGUCAUGGCAUCCUUUAACACUGAGGACAGAGGAUGACAUUCGUGUUGAAGUGGAAAGGAAGAGCGUGAAUGACAACGGUGACGAGAGCAGUGUUAUUACUCAAGUGCCAGGAAAUAUGUCCACCUUGAUCAUUAAAGAUCUUGAGCCUAGACAGCAAUACAUGUGCAGGGUACGGGUGAACACCAGGUCCCAAGGAGAAUGGAGCAACUAUCUGUAUGCAUGGACUUUCAGUGACAGAAUCCCUCCUGCACCAUACAACAUCAGAUUUUCUAACACCACAGACACAUCCUCAGUCAUCUCUUGGACAGCUGCUGAGGGUCACUCCAUCUCCUCCAUCAUCAUCAGCUACAAAAUUUAUGGCAAGGCUGAGUACAACCACAUCGAUAUUAUCAUAAAGAACACCAGCAUUACUCAAUAUCACCUCAAGGGCCUUGAGCCAAACACUGUGUACCAGGUUCAGAUUAAUGCUCAAAACAACAUUGGCUUGAGCAACCCAAACACAUCGUUUGAACUGAAGACUCUUCCAGAAACUAAAGCUCCCUAUGAAUCAAAAGGAGGCAAAAUGCUGCUUAUUGCUAUCCUUGGCUCUGCAGGGAUGACCUGUGUAACAAUUCUCCUGGCCUUUCUCAUCAUGUUGCAGUUAAAGAGAGCCAACUUCCAGCGUCGAAUGGCUCAGGCUUUCCAAAAUGUGGUGAGGGAAGAACCAGCUGUACAGUUCAACUCAGGUACUCUCACCCUGAGCAGGAAAGCCAAAAACAGUCCAGACCCCACUAUAUAUCCAGUUCUUGAGUGGAAUGACAUAAAAUUUCAAGAUGUUAUUGGGGAAGGCAACUUUGGGCAAGUCCUGAAAGCACGCAUUAAGAAGGAUGGCUUACGCAUGGAUGCUGCAAUAAAAAGGAUGAAAGAGUAUGCAUCAAAAGAUGAUCACAGAGAUUUUGCUGGAGAACUUGAAGUUCUUUGUAAACUUGGUCAUCAUCCCAACAUCAUAAAUCUUUUGGGAGCAUGUGAACAUAGAGGAUAUCUUUACCUUGCUAUUGAAUACGCCCCCCAUGGAAAUUUACUGGACUUCCUUCGGAAAAGCAGAGUACUAGAGACAGACCCAGCAUUUGCUAUUGCCAACAGUACUGCAUCUACACUUUCCUCUCAGCAACUUCUGCAUUUUGCAGCAGAUGUUGCCAGAGGGAUGGAUUACUUGAGCCAGAAACAGUUUAUUCAUCGAGAUUUGGCAGCAAGAAACAUCUUGGUGGGGGAAAAUUAUGUUGCAAAAAUAGCUGACUUUGGUUUAUCAAGAGGUCAAGAAGUUUAUGUGAAGAAGACCAUGGGACGGCUUCCUGUGCGAUGGAUGGCGAUUGAGUCUUUGAAUUACAGUGUUUACACCACAAAUAGUGAUGUAUGGUCAUAUGGUGUCCUGUUAUGGGAAAUUGUUAGUUUAGGUGGAACACCAUACUGUGGAAUGACAUGUGCAGAACUCUAUGAAAAGCUGCCUCAAGGGUACAGACUGGAAAAGCCCCUCAACUGUGACGAUGAAGUGUAUGACCUAAUGAGACAGUGCUGGAGAGAGAAACCAUACGAAAGACCAUCAUUUGCUCAGAUAUUGGUGUCACUGAACAGGAUGCUAGAAGAAAGGAAAACAUAUGUGAAUACUACACUAUAUGAGAAGUUUACUUAUGCAGGCAUUGAUUGCUCCGCUGAAGAAGCUGCUUAAGAGGGGACAAAUCUUCAUUCAUCAGUGAUGCAUUGAAGAAAACCAAACUUCAAUCUGCUGGAGCCCAAAAUGUGAUAUGCUGUGUAGAACUGUGUAUAGCUCUAACUGUAUAUAAUACAUCAAUACUGUUUUACUACAGUUAUGUAUGUGUAUAUCACACAGUAACCUCUGCCUUCACAGGCUGUAGAAGUGUAUAUACUGUUCAGAGCAGGAAUAGACUGAAAUAAUGAAAUCUUUCAUUUCAUAUGCAGGGUUUUCUUUUUUUCUAGUUAUGUAGAUAUAGUGUCUACAUACAUAUUGUAAUGCAUUAGGUAUUGCCGUCUUAGAUUUUUUUAUAUUUUCCAAGAGCUACUGAUAGCAAAGCGGUAACUUAUUGCAGUACUCCAUUUCAUUUCACUUUGUUUCAAACAAAACUGCUAAGCUCAGUGCGACAAUGAAAGUUGCAAUCCAGUGUGCUCACCAAGGAUAAUUAAGACAGACUCCUGUUUGAAUGCAAAAGUCGACUAGUAGAAAUAGUCUACUUCAAAAAUUCUAUUCACACCUGUACGAUACAAGGCAUGCUAUUGCUCUUUCAUUGUCCAGUUUGAUGGUCAGUAUUUGCCCAUAUGCAAAAUAUAUAUGUAUUUUGAAUUGUUUAAUGCCAUGCAGCAACUAUUAUGAAGCACAGGACUGAGGAGAAUACUACAUGUUGUCAACCCCAUUUUUACAACUGGCCUGGAUAUAUCUGAGACAUUCAAUUUGUAUUUCAUGUAAUAAUUUCACUGAAUAAUUAUAAAUUACUACCUACUGUAUACAAGCAAGGCUUACUUAUUUUUGCUUAUUUUACCCCCUUAUGCAGUCUGUAGUAAGGCAUGGCCUCUUGAAAAUAUCAUAAAAAAAUGCUUCAAAACAGUGAUAUUUGACCUGCCAGAAAGGUCUCUCAUCCUUAGGUAAGACAGAGGCUUGAUUGUCCUGAACUUCUGGUGUCAAGUCAACCAAGAGGGAUUCAGUGGACUUAUCCUAUCCAAAUUUCACAUAUCAGCUAACCUCAUGUUUUGCACAUAUCAUCCCCUCAUCCCCUUGUGACUCACCAGCUUAUAACUGACCAUCAGACCACAGUGACUUCUCAGCUGGGUGGAUCAGGUCCUCCCUAAGACUUGAAGAAAGAUGCUUGAAAGAGUAAAAGACUUCCCCUUCAGAUACUUACUUCGCAGAUGGAUGUUUGACUGGUUAUGAUACAGGUUUAUCACAGCAGAGUAUAGAGUAACAUUACUACCAUACACCAGGCUGACUCAAAUGGAAGCACCAAGAGCCUUAUUAGAAGUGAACAGGACAACAAACAAGGGUGCAGAGAUGACUUGUGUGGCCACGAGACUGGCAGAACUUGCACUGGUGCUAGGCGUAAACUAGGAGUAUAUUGUUGGGGAUUAAAAUAAGUUUACUUAUAGAAUAUUAGAUAUUAAUUGUGUAGGUUUAAUUGUAACUUGCUUACAGUUCAGCAUGAGUGGGCCCUGCUCAAAACUUAGUGUAGGUGAACUUUAAAUGAACUCUGUUCGUUAGCAGGAAUUGCUAAGCAGGGGAGGAAAACGGAGAAAGACUGGUUAUCUUCAGAUAAGGGUUGAGACCCUGGAGGGCCCCAAGGUUGCCCCAAGAUGGAAGAUAAGAGCAGUUACUGGCACAUGGACAUGGAGAAAGAAUCCAGUGAGGUAUAAGAAGACGCUGGACCAUAAAUCAUCACUGGACCAAGAGGCACGUGCAGGGCACGUGAAGAGUGUGUGAAAAUCAUGUGCACAGACUGUAAGGGUGUAAAGGCCCAGGGAUUUCUCUGUUCAGGGUCCCACUCCAGGAGCACCCAGCCCAAGCUGAAAUAAACCAACUCUGCCUUAGAACCUAGUCUGAACUCUUCUUUCACAUUUAUGGAGUGCACAGAUUCACUGGAUUGAGGGACAACUCCAAAACAAAAAAGAGAAACAAAUUCAAAUAUAUAUUUUUCAUAACAGACUCCUUGGCCAGAUUUUUUUCAUAUUUUUUGAAGCAUGGGCAUUGCAUUUUGCAGUCCAACUGGGUUCUUACGGAUCGGUGAGGUGAAUAAGAAUG